UCUCUAUAAGUCAUUCUCAAACCAAAACUAGCUUAUUAUUCCUUCCUACCUUUUUAAUUAACCAAGAAAUGGCAUCUAGUUCAAUGUCAGCUUCUGGCUCAUGGAGUGUUAAGGACAACAAAGCCUUUGAAAGAGCUCUAGCUGUUUAUGACAAAGACACACCAGAUCGUUGGUACAAUGUAGCUCAUGCUGUUGGUGGAAAAACUCCUGAGGAAGUUAAGAAACACUAUGAACUUCUUGUUGAAGAUGUUAAGCAUAUUGAGUCAGGGAAAGUUCCAUACCCAAAUUACAAGAAAAUUUCAGGCUCUCAAGAAGAGAAAAGGAUGAGGAACCUGAGCCUUCAUUGACCAAUAAUUGUCAUCAACAACAGAACAUGUUUUCUUUUUUGUUUUUAACCAAUCAACAAGCUUUCAAGCACUAAGGAGGUGUUUUGUCUCACAAAGUGCUAAUGUAAUAGUAGCAUUAGAGUAUAUUAGUCAUAAGAAUCAUAUAUUUUACUAUGAUUCCAUUCCAUCCUUAAUUUAUUUUCCUGUCGUUGAAGCAGACUAGAAGAAUUAGUAACUGUUUCAGCUCUUUGUUCUAAAUAAAGCUGUAAUU